AUGGAUGAAAAUCAAAUUAGCUCAUUAAAAAGACUAAAAGAGAUAUCUAGAAUGAUUGAAGCUACACUACAUCAAAAUAAUAGAUUGAAACAUAUUUUAACUAAUGAAUUAUAUUUUAGAAAAAAAUGUGAAGCUUCAUUAGAAAUAAUUGAUAAUACUACAAAUGAGCAAGAAUGCUAUAGGAAAGUAUCAAAAAUUUUUAUUAGAAAACCGAGAGAUGAUUUAAAAAAAGAGUUAAAAGAAGAAAUUGCUGAAUAUGAAAAGUUUACCCCUCAGUUGUUGGAUUUAAGAAAAAAACUAGUUGAUAAGUUAUCAAAUUUAAAAGAACAAUUUGUACAAACUCAUGAAUGUAUUGAAAAGGAAACAAAUAACAAUUCUUAA